AUGCCUCAAACUCGAGCGUUAUCGCGGAAUUCGGAAUUAGGAGCAGCUAGUAUGAUUAAACCAUAUUUGAUUUCAGGUCAGCAGUUCGAUGCGAUUGGUAACAUUGGCGACUGGUGGGACGCAGAUGUUAAGAAAAAAUAUAAACAACGGGUGCAGUGUAUCAUUGACCAGUACGCUGGGAUUGAGGUGCCAGGAACAGGUCGAAAAGUGAAUGGUAAGCUCACUCAAGGAGAGAAUAUUGCCGACAAUGGAGGAGUGAAGCAAGCGUUGAGGGCGUACGAGAGAUAUCUGGAGAUAUGCGGAGAAGAGAGGAGAAUCGCAGGGCUGGAUACCUACAACAACGAACAGAUGUUCUUCAUUGGAUACGCGACAAUCUGGUGUGGCCAUAAAACGCAGGACGAACUCAUAAAUAUCAUUCUUACCAAUCCUCACCCUCCACGGCGGUAUCGGGUGAACCAGGUGCUGGCCAACCAGCCAGAGUUUGCUGCAGCCUUCAAAUGUGCCGUUGGCACUCCGAUGAAUCCUACAAGACGCUGUGCUGUUUGGUAA